UAACGCAGUUCUUAAAAUAUUUGCUAAAACACGAAGAAGAAAAAAGGUACUUAUUAAACAGCUUCUAUGUUGACCUCUCCUCUCCUCUCCUCUCCUCUCCUCCUCUGGCUUGUAGGCGAAGACAGGAAGAAAAAACAGGGAGCAGCAAAAGCUUUAAAGCCAGAAAAAAAUAAGGCGAGAGGAAAAAGAAGCCAUGGGAAGAGCAGAGGAUCGGAUCAGUUACUUGCCUGAUCCUGUACUUCAGAGCAUCCUCACCAUGUUGCCUCUGAAAUCAGCAAUCAGAACCGAUGUUCUUUCUAAAAAAUGGCGAAAUCUAUGGAAAUACUCUCUCUCCACAGCCACUGCUCUGGAGUUUGGUGAGGAAUUCGCUAACAAUCAAUCUGCAAAAGACUUUGUGGAAACUGUCAAUCGAUAUCUAUCACAGAAUGACAGUAAGAAGCUGGAGAGGUUCCGUAUUUUCUUCUCCCCGUUUGAAUUGUUUGCCUCUGAAAUAGCGAGGUGGAUAAGCUUUGCAGCAGGUAAAGGAGUCAGGUAUCUUGAUAUAGACUUAUCCCAAGGAUUUAGAAACCUAGUAGAUGGUGAAUUCACUGAUGGCAGAAGCCUCUUCGAGCUACCUUCUUCUCUGUUUGAUUGCGAUUCGUUGAUCGACUUGCGCAUAAGUCGCUGUUUUUUCUUCACUCCUUUGAAUCUGACCAAUUUUGGUGGCCUGCAAUCUCUAUCAAUCAGUCAUUCCAACAUCAACGAAGAGAUGCUUCAAGGUAUUCUGACUGAAUGCUCUCUUCUGGAGAGCUUGAGCCUAAGGAACUGUCAGCAACUUGGUGUUAUUAGCAUUACGUUUGGAAUUUUGUUUGUCAUAUGCUUCGGUGCAUUUGGAAGGGCAUGCAUGGAAACUAACCUCUCCAACCUCUUUUCAUUGGAAGACGCUGCAAUCUCUUCAAUUGGGGCAUAUUCCGAGCCUGAUUACAUUUAUUUACUACCUGGUCUUUCUCAUGUUCAGACACUAACCUUAUGCACAAAAGCUCUGGUGCAUCUGCAUUUAAGUGAGCAAUAUCAAAUCGAGCUGCAGAACCUCCAUGAAUUACAGCUUGUCUUGACCUCAAUGACUGACGAGGAUCUCACCUGCUUCUACACUUUUUUUUAUAGCUGUUCUUCCCCAUUCCUUGACAAGCUUUUCAUCCUACUACCAACACACAUUGAUGAUCCAAAUGAGGAAAAGUACUGGGUGCGCGUGCUGAAUCCGCUGAGUCCUGAUGAUAUCUCCUUCGAUCAUCUGAAAAUGAUCAAAGUGACAAAUUUCAAAGGAAGCAGAAAUGAAAUGAGAUUGGUGAGCUUUCUUCUACAGAAAGCAGCAAUUUUGGAAACUCUAGUGUUAGUUCUUCCCGCUGUUCAGGAGGGGAAUGGUAAAGAGACGCUGGUUUUGAGGAUUUUGAGAGGACAAGUUCUGCUACUUGAAAAAGCAUCUCCAUGCGCUCAGAUUAUUCUCCAUGAAUUUGGGGAAGAUGAUGGCUUGAAUCCAACGCAUGUGGAGAUUUAUAAUGAUUAUAGCUGCUUGCCGGAUAUACCUUGCAUGGUUACUGGAUAGAUGUUCAGCAAGAAGUGUGAUUUUUAAUCGAAAUGUUACAAAUUGGACUUUUUUUCUUUUUAAUGUGGAAUUAAUACUGUGCUUGUUUGUAAACCCUAGCCUAUAAGGAAUAUGGCUCACAUGUCGCCCCUAAUGGAUUCAAAGCUUAGUCUCACCGAAGUUAUUUGCUCGAGCCUCUUUAUGCCUUAU